GCCGGUUGAAUCAAAUGGCAGCUGACGGAUGGCCUUGACUCCUGCGUUUUUCAUUCGUACAUAGUGGUUCCCAACUAUGACGUCUAAUAAUAUGUACAGAGUUGGGGAUUUUGUCUACUUCGAAGUUGCUGCUGCAUCACCAUAUCAUAUCAGAAAAAUCGAAGAAUUAAAUAAGACUCCCACCGGCGCAGUAGAAGCCAAAGUUGUAUGUUUUUAUAGACGACGGGACUUAUCACCGAACUUGAUACAGCUGGCCGACAAACAUCAGAAAGAAUUAGGAACUUGCGGGGAGGAUACACAGCCGGAUAUACUACACCAGAUACGUCAUCGUGAAUUGUUCCUUUCCCGACAUCUGGAAACUCUUCCGGCAACACAUAUUCGCGGAAAAUGCACAGUUACUCUACAUACCGAAACAGAACCUUAUCAUAUCUACUUGCCAAAAGAUGAUACUUUUUUCUUCCAAUUAGUGUAUGAUCCAUUGCAAAAAACUCUUCAGGCUGAUCAAGGAUCCAUUAGGGAAGGUCCUCAGUAUCAAGCAGAAAUUGAACCGUACAAUCCUGUUCCAGAAAAUUCAACCGACGUAUCUACACAUGAACAGCUGCUCUGGAGACCAGAUAAUAAUUUAACACCUUCAGAUCUAGAUUCAUAUCUCCUCUUAAUUAGGUCGCUCGCUACUUUGGGCAGGUCUUUUUAUCCACCACACGUCCUUCGUCAACCAAAUCUUACAAUGUCCGCUGCUGCAGCAGCCAGAGAUACGACACACCAGUUUGCCUUAGAUACUUUACAUUCUGCUAAUUAUAAUAUAUCUCAGGCACUUCAAAUGUUAGCUCCUAAUGGGCAACCUGUUUUGAAGAUGGAUGAAAUGGAGCAAUGGUCAGCAAGCGAAGGAAACCUAUUUGAAGAAGCGUUAGAAAAAUAUGGGAAAUGUUUUUAUGAAAUACAAAAUGACUUCCUUCCUUGGAAAUACCCAAAGAGUCUUGUGGAAUUCUACUACAUGUGGAAAACUACUGAUCAUUAUGUUCAGCAAAAACGUAUGAAAGCUAUUGAAGCAGAACAUCACCUGAAACAAGUAUACAUUCCAAAUUACAACAAGCCAAAUCCAUCUGUUCUUUAUCCUGUAACAUCUGAUUCUGCUAAUUCAGCGUCCGGAUGCGAAGGUUGUUCUAAUCCUUCAUCAACUCUCUGGUAUGCUCUUGGUCCAUCUCAUUCUCCUCUCAAAGUUUGCGUUGAUUGUUGGAAUUACUGGAAAAGAUAUGGAGAUUUAAAAUCUACAUCACUUUUGGAUAAAUUUUCUGAGCCAAUAUCUUCCAAUCCUACGUCUACUUCCAGCUCAGAUUCCAGUACCAUAGGUGUUUCAAAAAGUAAUGUUUUACUUCCUGAACUCCAAGCUCGUACGAACUCAUCUACUGUUUUGACUGACCAUCCUACAAAGUCGAACGACUUAGGAAUUAAUAAUUCUAAUGCAUAUAUGCUAGCAUCAAAAGUUCGCACCAGCGUCAGUUUUCAUUUUGUUGCCAGCGUCACUCUUCGGAUCGCCCGUCGGUUAUGUGUGACCUCAAGUCCUCAGCGCCGAGCUCGUCAACCAUUCAAACGCCUCACGUUUGCGACUGGUUUCCACAAAGAUACUCUCCCAUUGUUAUCUAAACUUACUCCAGCCGAAUCUCAUAAGCUUACAAAGCGAUUUCGAAAUAUAACUUCAGUGAGAAAAUGCAAAUCCCGUGGAGUCACUUUGCAUUCUUUGAUCUCACGCCUACAUCAAACAAAAUGCGUUUCAUCUAAUGGAGUAGAAAAAAUUUUAGCUGCUGAACCUAUGACUACAGAAAACCCGAUAUAUAUUCCAUCAGAAACUGCUCUCGACUUAGCUGUGAAUGGCUCGGCGACUAUAUGUGAUUCCGGAAGUCUCAAAGGUCCUGCCUCUAUGCCUAACAGUGAUGAGCAUUCAGAUAUUGACUGUAUUCCUACUAAGAGGUCUAACACUACGAUUCCUGAUGAUGAAUCGAACAUUGAAGUCAUAUCAACCAAUCAUGGCUGUAUAAAUUUGGGUCCAAAACGUCGUUUUACUGUUGGUUCUGGUGUAGAUGGAGCGUCAACUCUAAUGUACCGAGCCACUCAACUAAUAAAACGUUCUCGGCGUAAAUUUUUGUCGUUAGCUGAGCUUCGUCGUUUUGGUCGUCAUCCUUGGUUUGAUUUGAAUGUGGAUUUAAAUGCUCAAAAUGGCUCACAUUCUAUAUUUUCUUCCAAUUUAAAGAAAAAAUCUCAUACAGUCACAACCAAUUCGACUGCAGAAAAUGACAUUUCAAAUCCUAGUAUUGUUACUUCAUCGUCAAAAGCACAUUGAAUUCAGAAUAUAUAUUUAUAUUGUCUCAUACUUCAUUUUUCCAUAACAGGAAAUUUUCCAAAAUUUUUGUGUUUUGAUUGUUACUUUUUCAUCAAGUUACCAACAUGUGUUAGACGUUACUGUCAGUAUUGUAAAAGUUAUUCAAAUCCUACUUCAGUAUCGUUCAUUAAAAUUUACCAGCAAUUUAGUUAAGUGAUUUCAUCAUCUUUAUCACUGCAUUGUUUUCGGUGUAUAGAGAAAUGUUGUUAUGUUACUUUUUAUGCCUUCCUUGUUAUUAUAAUAAGUUUAUAAAAAGUGUAUUUUUCAUCUUGUUUUUUUUUCUGUGUUUUCUUUAUUUGCUCAUUAGGUUCUUUGAAUAAACUUGUAAUGUUUGAUUUUUCCACUUAAUAAUUAGGAGGAUGCAUUUAACCAAAAUCAAAGUUACAGGAAAAAAAAUAUCACAUUCAAGGUGUUUCUUUUCUGUGAAUUUUUCUUUCUCUGUUUUGUAAUUAUUCUAUAAAUUAAUCUUUGUUAGGUGACUCAAUUGUUGUUUUCUUGCGUACGAAAUGCAAAAAUUCGGAUCGC